UCGGAAGGAGGGAGGAGCCCGAGCCUUCGCCGUCGCCCGCCAGCCCGCCCGGCCGGGGAAAAGAACCGGACCCCAAGCGGUUGGGAGCGCACGCAAGGGCCAUGGCCGCGCGGGCAGCGCCCUGAGUCCGUCCCGCGCCCGCGAGCCCGGAGCGCCCGGGGAUGCCCCCACGGCCCGGAGCGCGGGUAGCGGCAGCCGCGCGGUGAGGGCGGAGGCGCCCGUGGGACCCGCGACUGUCUAGAAUUGUUGCUGCCUCCGCCGCCCCCAAUGGCGUACAUCCCUGGUGGGGGUGCCCCAGCAGUGGGGGCGACCCCUGUGGGUUCCCAGUAUUGCGUGUGCAAGGUGGAACUGUCGGUGAGCGGUCAAAGCCUGCUGGACCGGGACGUCACCUCCAAGUCCGACCCCUUCUGUGUCCUCUUCAUGGAGAAUGAUGGCCGGUGGAUGGAGUACGACCGAACGGAAACAGCGGUCAACAACCUCAACCCCGCCUUCUCCAAGAAGUUCGUCCUGGACUACCACUUUGAGGAGGUGCAAAAGCUCAAGUUUGCCCUGUUUGACCAGGACAAGUCCAGCACACAGCUGGACGAGCACGAUUUCCUGGGUCAGUUCUCCUGCAGCCUGGGCACGAUCGUUUCCAGCAAGAAGAUGACAAGGCCUCUGCUGCUGCUGAAUGACAAACCUGCAGGGAAGGGCUUGAUUACGAUCGCUGCCCAGGAGCUGUCAGACAACCGAGUCAUCACACUGAGUCUGGCCGGCAGGAAACUGGACAAGAAGGACCUCUUUGGGAAAUCGGACCCAUUUUUGGAAUUGUAUAAGCCAGGGGAUGAUGGCAAAUGGAUGCUGGUCCACAGGACUGAGGUGAUCAAGUACACUCUGGACCCUGUGUGGAAGCCCUUCACAGUGCCACUGGUAUCCCUGUGUGAUGGGGACAUGAAGAAGCCCAUCCAGGUCCUGUGUUAUGACUAUGACAAUGAUGGAGGCCACGACUUCAUCGGCGAGUUCCAGACCUCGGUGUCGCAGAUGUGUGAGGCCCGUGAUGGUGUCCCGCUGGAGUUCGAGUGCAUCAACCCCAAGAAGCAGAGGAAAAAAAAGAACUAUAAAAACUCGGGCAUCAUUAUCCUACGCUCCUGCAAGGUAAACCGGAACUACUCCUUCUUGGACUACAUCCUGGGAGGAUGCCAGCUCAUGUUCACCGUUGGCAUAGACUUCACAGCCUCCAAUGGGAAUCCUCUUGACCCUUCCUCUUUGCAUUAUAUCAACCCCAUGGGAACCAAUGAGUACCUGUCAGCAAUCUGGGCUGUUGGGCAGAUCAUUCAGGACUAUGACAGUGAUAAGAUGUUUCCAGCUCUGGGGUUUGGAGCCCAGUUACCUCCAGACUGGAAGGUCUCCCAUGAGUUUGCCAUCAACUUCAACCCCACCAACCCCUUUUGCUCAGGUGUGGACGGCAUCGCCCAGGCAUACUCGGCUUGCUUACCCCACAUCCGCUUCUAUGGCCCUACCAAUUUCUCCCCCAUUGUCAAUCACGUGGCCCGGUUUGCGGCUCAGGCCACACAGCAGCAGACGGCCACGCAAUACUUCAUCCUCCUCAUCAUCACGGACGGUGUCAUCAGCGACAUGGAAGAGACGCGACACGCUGUGGUGCAGGCUUCCAAGUUACCCAUGUCUAUCAUCAUCGUGGGCGUGGGCAACGCCGACUUCGCGGCCAUGGAGUUCCUGGACGGGGACAGUCGCACGCUGCGUUCCCACACAGGGGAGGAGGCGGCCCGAGAUAUCGUGCAGUUUGUGCCCUUUCGUGAGUUCCGCAACGCGGCAAAAGAGACCCUGGCCAAAGCUGUGCUGGCGGAGCUGCCCCAACAAGUUGUGCAGUAUUUCAAGCGUAAAAACCUACCCCCCAGUAACUCUGAGCUCGCCUGAGCACUAGCUUAUGCCCAGCAGCAGCAUGUCGCCUGGGCCACCCUCCUUCCUCCCAGAACAUGCACGCUCACCCUGCUUCCUUGUGGGUGGCCUUUAUUUUUUCCUUUUCUUUACCAACCUACGUUUUUAUUUUUUACAAUUGGACCUCUACCCCUCAGCUUCCCCCACCUCAGCUGGAGCUUUCUUUAUUGGAGUCAACUGAAGAUGCUUCCAGGCCAGAGCGGCUUCCUUUUCUUCUCCAUGCCUCGCCACUCUUCAAGUAUUGAAUGUACUUUGUAUAACUUUAGUGGAAUUAUUAUUAAAGAGAAUAAAAUUUUUACUAUC